AUGUCCUUUCUUUUGCUUAAUGCGGGCCAUUUCUUCUCCUCCUCUUCCAAAUCCUCCUCCUCCUCCUCCUUCUUCUUCUUCUUCUUCUUCUUCUUCUUAUUAUUAUUAUUAUUAUUAUUAUUCCUUUUGUUUCUUCUUCUAAUUCUUCUUCUUCUUCUCUUUAUUCUUCUUUUUCUUCUACUUUUUAUUUCUAUUAUCAUCCCUUUUUCUUCUUCUCAUUAUUAUUAUUAUUAUUAUUAUUAUUAUUAUUAUUAUUCUCUUAGUUUCUUCUUCUUUUUCUUCUUCUUCUGUGCUUCAUUUUAUUUUCUUCCUCUCCUUCCAAAUUAUAUAUCUUCCUGUUUGUCUCAUUUUACUUUUGGUCUUCAUCUUUUCCCUUCUAUAUUUCAUUAUCUUUUCCUUCUUAUCACAAAAUAUCUCAUUCUUAUGCUUCUUUCUUUCCUUCGUUCUCUUUUCCGUUCUUUUUGUCUUUAA